CCGCCCAAUUGUUGCCGCCUCGCCCCCUCCCCCUUCCGGGUACCUGGAAACCUCGGGCCCGGGAGCCAAUUCUUGCCGGGGACGCGGGCCCGGGCGGCCGCGGGAAGCCAAGGACACAGCGUUACAUUUAGUCUUCAUGUCUCCGUAGGCUCCUCUUGGCUGUGACAAUUUCUCAUACUUUCCUCAUUUUUGAUGACCUCGACAAUGUUGAGGAGUACUGCCCUGUUCUAAAGCCUCAGAGUCUUCUGCUUCAGUUGGCAGAAAGGGAAAGAGACAGCGGAGGAGUCACUUCAGAUUCAUAAAAAACCCGGCUUAGAGGUGGUCCUAAUGUUUCCCAAGCCGUCUCUAUCACUGGUGGUGGCAGGGACAGCGCCCUGAAGUUUUCCCUGGAGGAACAGAAUUUAACUUUGCAUCAUGGAUAAAAAGAAUCUGCGGAAUGGACCUACAGCUGUGAUCCAGAGAUCACAAAGCCAGAAGAAGCUGACCCAACCAUUUCUUAACACCUGGACAGCUUGUGAACAGACCCUGGGUCAUUGUUGCUGAAAGCAACUCCCAUUUCCAUGCAUUGCUUGACAGCAGAAAGAACCAGAAAGGUUUACAGGAACUGUGUAAUUAUUUAUUAAAAUGGAAAACUGUGAAGAAAGAAAAAGAUAGCAGUUGGAGUUAAAAUUCCUGGAUGAAUAUUUUGCUUUUGAGAAGUCCGCAUUUAAAACCAUAUGCUGAUUUGGAAAGUCCCAGGAGUAAAUUACACAAUUCAUGUUUUCCAUUCAAUCAAUGGAUUUUUUAAUCAUUCCUUGGAGUUGAUGAAGUUCAGACACGGUGCGUGAUGGGAAAUGUGGCAUUCCAGUGUUUUCCUGGUGAUUGCAUCUUGGAUUAGUUUGCUGCUUUUCUGAAGAGAUUCCAUUGUGAAGGGUAAGAACCUAAUGUGAUGGAUUUAUCUUCAGAGAUGAACAGACAUGGAAAGAAUCCAGUGAGUCACAAGCUAGAAGAUCAGAAGAAGAUUUACACGGACUGGGCCAACCACUACCUGGCAAAAUCGGGCCACAAGCGGCUGAUCAAGGAUUUGCAGCAAGACAUUGCAGAUGGAGUACUGUUAGCAGAAAUCAUCCAGAUCAUUGCAAAUGAAAAAGUUGAAGAUAUCAAUGGAUGUCCUAGGAGUCAAUCUCAGAUGAUUGAAAAUGUUGAUGUCUGCCUUAGUUUUCUAGCAGCCAGAGGAGUAAAUGUUCAAGGUCUAUCUGCUGAAGAAAUAAGAAAUGGAAACUUAAAAGCCAUUCUAGGGCUGUUUUUCAGUUUGUCUCGCUACAAGCAGCAGCAACACCAGCAGCAGCAGUAUUACCAGUCGUUGGUGGAGCUUCAGCAGCGGGUCACUCACGCCUGCCCUCAGGCAGAAGCCAGUCAGGCCAAAACCCAGCAAGAUAUGCAGUCCAGUCUGGCAGCCAGAUAUGCAACUCAGUCUAAUCACAGUGGAAUUGCAACCAGUCAAAAAAAGCCUACUAGGCUUCCAGGUCCCUCUAGGGUGCCGGCUGCAGGCAGCAGCAGCAAGGUCCAGGGAGCCUCCAAUUUAAAUAGGAGAAGUCAGAGCUUUAACAGCAUUGAUAAAAACAAGCCUCCAAAUUAUGCAAAUGGCAGUGAAAAAGAUUCCUCCAAAGGACCUCAAACAUCUUCAGGUGUGAGUGGUAGCACGCAGCCCCCCGGCACCGCUGGGCAGCCCCCGGCCUCUGCCAUCCCUUCUCCGAGCACCAGCAAGCCGUGGCGCAGCAAGUCCAUGAAUGCCAAGCACAGCGCCACCUCCACCAUGCUGACCGUGAAGCAGUCGAGCCCAGCCACCUCUCCCACACCAUCUGCAGACAGACUGAAGCCCCCUGCCUCAGACGGGGGCAAAGCAGCUCCCUCGGGACAGAAAUCCAUGCUUGAGAAAUUCAAGCUGGUCAAUACCCGGACUGCUUUACGCCCCCUGCAGCCUCCCAGUUCAGGACCCAGUGAAGGUGGGAAAGAGGACGAUGCCUUAUCUGAAUCUGGUGAAAUGGAAGGCUUUAACAGUGGUCUGAAUAGUGGCGGCUCAACCAAUAGCAGCCCCAAAGUGUCACCGAAAUUAGCCCCUCCAAAAGCUGGAAGCAAAAAUCUCAGCAAUAAAAAGUCUUUGCUACAGCCAAAGGAAAAAGAGGAAAAGAACAGGGACAAGAAUAAAGUUUGCACUGAAAAACCAGUCAAGGACGAGAAAGAUCAGGUGGCGGAGACGGCUCCAAAAAAGACUUCUAAAAUUGCAAGCUUAAUCCCAAAGGGCAGCAAGACGACAGCAGCCAAGAAGGAAAGCUUAAUCCCCUCUUCCAGUGGGAUUCCAAAACCGGGCUCAAAGGUGCCAACAGCAAAGCAGACUGUUUCACCGGGAGGCUCAACAAACAAAGAGUCUGAAAAAUUCAGGACUACCAAGGGAAGCCCUUCCCAGUCCUUCCCUAAGCCCGUAACGACUGAGAAAGCAAGCACAUCCAACUGCCCUGCUCCUUUGGAAGGAAGGGAAGCUAGCCACGCUUCUGCGGCGGGUUCCUGUGCUGGGUCAGCGGCGCAAGGCAGUGCGCAGAGCGUGGGAAAUGGUGCCGUCCAGCUCCCGCAGCAGCAGCAACACAGCCACCCAAAUACUGCCACCGUGGCUCCGUUCAUUUAUAGAGCACAUUCAGAAAAUGAAGGUACCUCUUUACCAUCUGCCGAUUCCUGUACCAGUCCUACUAAGAUGGAUUUAUCAUACAGUAAGACAGCUAAGCAGUGCCUAGAGGAGAUAUCCGGUGAAGACCCUGAAACAAGAAGAAUGAGAACAGUUAAAAACAUAGCAGAUUUGAGGCAGAAUUUAGAAGAGACUAUGUCCAGUCUUCGUGGGACCCAGAUAAGUCACAGCACCCUGGAGACAACAUUUGACAGCACUGUGACGACAGAAGUGAAUGGCAGGACCAUACCCAACUUGACAGGUCGACCCACUCCCAUGACCUGGAGGUUGGGCCAGGCAUGUCCUAGACUUCAGGCUGGAGAUGCUCCCUCCCUGGGUGCUGGCUACCCUCGCAGCAGUACCAGUCGUUUCAUCCACACAGACCCCUCAAGGUUCAUGUACACUACGCCUCUCCGUCGAGCUGCUGUCUCUCGGCUGGGAAACAUGUCACAGAUUGACAUGAGUGAGAAAGCAAGCAGUGACCUGGACAUGUCUUCUGAAGUCGAUGUUGGUGGAUAUAUGAGUGAUGGUGAUAUCCUUGGGAAAAGUCUCAGGGCUGAUGACAUCAACAGUGGGUACAUGACAGAUGGAGGGCUCAACCUGUAUACUAGGAGUCUGAACCGAAUACCAGACACAGCGACUUCCAGGGAUGUCACCCAGAGAGGGGUUCAUGAUGUGACAGUGGAUGCAGACAGCUGGGAUGACAGCAGCUCGGUGAGCAGCGGCCUCAGUGACACCCUGGAUAACAUCAGCACUGAUGACCUGAACACCACGUCCUCCGUCAGCUCUUACUCCAACGCCACUGCCCCGUCCCGAAAGAACAUGCAGCUGAAGACAGAUUCAGAGAAACGAUCUGCAACAGAUGAGCCCUGGGAUAGUACCGAGGAGGUGAAAAAAACAGAGGAGGACUUUGAUAGCCAUGGGGAUGGAGGUGGCAAGUGGAAGGGCGUUUCCUCUGGACUUCCUGAAGACCCUGAGAAGGCAGGGCAGAAAGCCUCCCUGUCUGUUUCACAGACAGGCUCCUGGAGGAGAGGCAUGUCAGCCCAAGGAGGAGCGCCAUCUAGGCAAAAAGCUGGAACCAGUGCGCUCAAGACCCCUGUAGGGAAAACUGAUGAUGCCAAAGCUUCUGAGAAAGGGAAAACUCCCCUGAAAGGAUCGACUCUACAGAGGUCUCCUUCAGAUGCAGGAAAAAGCAGUGGAGAUGAGGGGAAAAAGCCCCCCUCAGGCAUUGGAAGAUCAACGGCCACUGGCUCUUUUGGAUUUAAGAAACCAAGUGGAGUAGGGUCAUCUGCCAUGAUCACAAGCAGUGGAGCCAGCAUAACAAGUGGCUCAGCAACACUGGGUAAGAUCCCCAAAUCUGCUGCCAUUGGUGGGAAGUCAAAUGCCGGGAGAAAAACCAGUUUGGACGGUUCACAGAAUCAGGACGAUGUUGUGCUGCACGUCAGCUCGAAGACCUCCCUGCAAUACCGCAGUUUGCCCCGCCCAUCCAAAUCCAGCACCAGUGGCAUUCCCGGCCGAGGUGGCCACAGAUCCAGCACCAGCAGUAUAGAUUCCAAUGUCAGCAGUAAGUCAGCUGGUGCUACUACCUCGAAACUGAGAGAACCCACGAAGAUCGCCUCAGGGCGCUCGAGUCCCGUCACUGUCAACCAGACAGACAAGGAGAAGGAAAAAGUAGCAGUCUCAGAUUCAGAGAGUGUUUCUUUGUCUGGUUCCCCCAAAUCCAGCCCCACGUCUGCUAGUGCCUGUGGGACACAAGGGCUCAGGCAGCCAGGGUCCAAGUAUCCUGACAUUGCCUCACCUACAUUUCGAAGGUUGUUUGGUGCCAAGGCAGGUGGCAAAUCUGCCUCUGCACCUAAUACUGAGGGUGUGAAAUCCUCCUCUGUAAUGCCCAGUCCUAGUACCACAUUAGCGCGGCAAGGCAGUCUGGAAUCACCGUCGUCUGGUACGGGCAGCAUGGGCAGUGCUGGUGGGCUAAGUGGCAGCAGCAGCCCUCUCUUCAAUAAACCCUCAGACUUAACUACAGAUGUUAUAAGCUUAAGUCACUCGUUGGCUUCCAGCCCAGCAUCGGUUCACUCUUUCACAUCAGGUGGUCUCGUGUGGGCUGCCAAUCUCAGCAGUUCCUCUGCUGGCAGCAAGGACACUCCAAGUUACCAAUCCAUGACUAGCCUCCAUACGAGCUCUGAGUCCAUUGACCUCCCCCUCAGCCACCACGGCUCCCUGUCUGGACUGACCACAGGCACUCACGAGGUGCAGAGCCUGCUCAUGAGAACGGGUAGUGUGAGAUCUACUCUCUCAGAAAGCAUGCAGCUUGACAGAAAUACACUACCCAAAAAGGGACUAAGAUAUACCCCGUCAUCUCGGCAGGCCAACCAAGAAGAGGGCAAAGAGUGGUUGCGCUCGCAUUCUACCGGAGGGCUGCAGGACACCGGCAAUCAGUCGCCCCUGGUCUCCCCUUCUGCCAUGUCAUCUUCUGCAACAGGAAAAUACCACUUUUCCAACUUGGUGAGCCCAACAAAUCUGUCUCAAUUUAACCUUCCUGGGCCCAGCAUGAUGCGCUCAAACAGCAUCCCAGCCCAAGACUCAUCCUUCGAUCUCUAUGACGACUCCCAGCUUUGUGGGAGUGCCACAUCUCUGGAGGAGAGGCCACGGGCCAUCAGCCAUUCAGGCUCAUUCAGGGACAGCAUGGAAGAAGUUCAUGGCUCUUCAUUAUCACUGGUCUCCAGCACUUCUUCUCUUUACUCUACGGCUGAAGAAAAGGCUCAUUCAGAGCAAAUCCAUAAACUACGGAGAGAGCUUGUUGCAUCACAAGAAAAAGUUGCCACUCUCACAUCUCAACUUUCAGCAAAUGCUCACCUCGUAGCAGCUUUUGAAAAGAGUUUAGGGAAUAUGACUGGCCGACUGCAAAGUCUAACCAUGACAGCGGAACAGAAGGAGUCUGAACUGAUCGAACUAAGAGAAACCAUUGAAAUGCUGAAGGCCCAGAACUCUGCUGCCCAGGCAGCCAUUCAGGGAGCACUCAACGGUCCAGACCACCCUCCCAAAGAUCUCCGCAUCAGAAGACAGCAUUCCUCCGAAAGCGUUUCUAGUAUCAACAGUGCCACGAGCCAUUCCAGUAUUGGCAGUGGUAACGAUGCUGACUCCAAGAAGAAGAAAAAGAAAAACUGGUUUAUAUUGUCAGCAGGCCCUGACUUGAUUGUAGCGCUAAAGCAGCCAUUUAAAACAAAUUGCCUUGAAGAGAGGAGCCUUCUGAACGGAGAUCCCUUCAAGCUGAGAAGCUCAUUCAAACAAGCCUUUGGGAAGAAAAAGUCCACCAAGCCUCCAUCCUCACAUUCGGACAUUGAAGAGCUUACUGAUUCGUCCCUUCCAGCGUCCCCCAAGUUGCCCCACAAUGCGGGUGACUGUGGGCCAGCCUCCAUGAAGCCCUCGCAAUCCGCCUCAGCGAUCUGUGAAUGCACAGAGGCUGAGGCAGAGAUAAUUCUGCAGCUGAAGAGUGAGCUCAGAGAAAAGGAAUUAAAAUUAACGGAUAUUCGGCUGGAGGCCCUCAGCUCUGCUCAUCAUCUCGAUCAGAUCCGGGAAGCCAUGAACCGGAUGCAGAAUGAGAUUGAAAUACUGAAGGCUGAGAACGACCGGUUGAAGGCAGAAACGGGGAAUGCUGCGAAGCCAGCUCGGCCCCUGUCUGAGUCCGCAAGUAGCACUUCCUCCUCAUCCUCACGCCAGUCCUUAGGACUCUCUCUGAACAAUUUGAACAUCACGGAGUCUGUUACCUCAGAUAUUUUGCUCGAUGAUGCUGGUGAUGCAACCGGACAUAAAGAUGGCCGCAGCGUGAAAAUUAUAGUCUCCAUAAGCAAGGGCUACGGUCGAGCAAAGGAUCAGAAGUCUCAGGCAUAUUUGAUAGGAUCCAUUGGUGUCAGUGGAAAAACCAAGUGGGAUGUCUUAGAUGGUGUAAUUAGACGUCUCUUUAAGGAAUAUGUGUUCCGAAUUGAUACAUCCACUAGCCUUGGUCUGAGCUCUGACUGCAUUGCCAGCUACUGUAUAGGAGAUUUAAUAAGAUCCCAUAACCUAGAAGUGCCUGAACUGCUGCCUUGUGGAUACCUUGUCGGCGAUAAUAACAUCAUCACUGUGAACCUGAAAGGGGUAGAAGAAAACAGUUUGGACAGUUUUGUUUUUGAUACGCUGAUUCCUAAACCAAUUACCCAAAGGUACUUUAACUUGUUGAUGGAGCAUCACAGAAUUAUACUCUCAGGACCUAGUGGUACUGGAAAGACCUAUUUAGCAAACAAACUUGCUGAAUAUGUAAUAACCAAAUCUGGGAGGAAAAAAACAGAGGAUGCAAUUGCCACUUUUAAUGUGGACCACAAGUCUAGUAAGGAAUUGCAACAAUAUCUAGCUAACCUGGCUGAACAAUGCAGUGCUGAUAAUAAUGGUGUAGAGCUUCCAGUUGUAAUAAUUCUUGAUAAUCUUCAUCAUGUGGGCUCUUUGAGUGAUGUCUUCAAUGGUUUUCUCAACUGUAAAUACAACAAAUGUCCAUAUAUUAUUGGAACAAUGAAUCAGGGAGUUUCUUCAUCACCAAAUCUAGAGCUGCAUCACAAUUUCAGGUGGGUGCUGUGUGCAAACCACACAGAACCAGUGAAAGGCUUUUUAGGCAGAUAUCUUCGAAGGAAACUGAUAGAGAUGGAAAUUGAAAGGAACAUACGCAAUAAUGACCUAGUCAAAAUUAUAGAUUGGAUUCCUAAGACAUGGCAUCAUCUCAACAGUUUUUUGGAAACACACAGUUCUUCUGAUGUUACCAUUGGUCCUCGACUUUUCCUUCCUUGCCCCAUGGAUGUAGAAGGUUCUAGAGUAUGGUUCAUGGAUCUCUGGAACUAUUCUUUGGUACCUUAUAUUCUGGAGGCAGUGAGAGAAGGUCUGCAGAUGUAUGGGAAACGAGCACCUUGGGAAGAUCCCUCAAAGUGGGUGCUUGAUACAUACCCAUGGAGCUCAGCAUCUUUGCCUCAGGAGGGCCCAGCAUUACUUCAGUUGCGACCAGAAGAUGUUGGGUAUGAGGGCUGCAUAUCCACAAAGGAAGCUACAACCUCAAAGCACAUUCCACAAACUGACACAGAGGGGGAUCCCCUGAUGAAUAUGCUAAUGAAACUCCAAGAAGCAGCCAAUUACUCGGGCACACAAAGCUGCGACAGUGAUAGCACCAGCCACCGUGAAGACGUUUUGGAUUCGUCUCUUGAAUCUACCCUCUAGAGGGUGAACAAAGUUAGGGGAAAAGACUAUGCUUUAAAAAAAAAAAAAAAAAAAAAAAAAAAGGUUAAAAAGUAAGGUAUUUUCACUAAACCACUGCCAAUAUGAAAGCGCCCUGACCCAGGGCCGUGGUCUCCAAGGAGGCAGUAGAACUAAGUUUGAACCGCCAAGAUGCUAAAUUGACACGGAAAUGUAACUUGCUUUCCUUUCUAGGCAUUUUUAUAUCCGUGGAGUGAUGUAAGGCUCCAUUACUCAACUGGAAAGGACCCUAAUGACAGGGCAACUGAAUAGAUUGCACAUGGGAUUAGCCAAACUGGACUUUCUGUUUUUCCUCUUUAAAAGUUUACAAUGCAGACCUUUUUUUUGUUGUUGUUCCUUCCUUUGGUUUCCUCUGAGGGGCUGUUCUCCCCAAGCAGGGUCCAUUCUUCUGAUCCGUCCAAGCUCCUUUGUGCCACGUGGUGCUGGUCACGGAUCCCCAGUAAUGUUUGUGUUGUGCGCUCACCCCAUUUCCUAAAUGAAGAGGCCAGGCCUCCGCAAGCACAAAUGGAAUUGUGCAACCCCCAGGGAAACACUGCUGUGACAAGCUGGAGAAGUGCCAGUGUCAUUCAACUGCCAUGAUCACAGGAUGUGCUCCACCCUCUUUUUAGUGUCUGAGUCGCGGGUUUGAGAAGGUGGUUUUUACCACCGUGGUCUUUUUAAACCACCUGCCCACUCCCUUAAAAAGAGUUUUAUACCAAUUAUUAGUCAACACUGAUAAAAGGCUUUUUUAGGGCUUUAUUUGUUUGAGCCUUGUCAGUGAAAAGAAGCAACAUUUCCUAUGGUGCUGUCUCACUGCCUUAAAACCAAUUUCUACAACAGUUUAACAGUUGGUUUAAAUCCUGAACCAUUGGUAAUUGCCACUGUCUUUUCAUUUACAACACCGGUUAACGCAGUAGCCAUCUCUCUCUAGUUUUGUGUUUGUUUUUUGAAGAAAUGGAUAGGAGAAAGAUCAGUAUUUUUACCUUGUGAAUAGAUUGCUUUGCCUCUCCUCCAAAAUACUCAAGUCAACCCAGAAACCCUCUUUGACUGUCACUUCAAAGCGAAGCCAUGUGGCUAAAUUCCAUCCAGCUCUAGGGGAAAGAGUUUCAGAAGGCGGGAGAUUGUGAUUUCUUAUCCAGCAGAGCUGGAAGCAGUAGAUGCAGCAUGAGCACAACGAUUCCGCUUUUCUCCCCUAUUCUUUUUUUUUUUUUUUUUAAUUAUUAUGAGUUUUGAGCAUGUUGUUUUGAUGGAUAUUGUUGUACAUGAGAAAUUCAGCAUUCGAGAACACUGAUGCAGUGAAGUCACUGUGGAUGAGGAAGCGUUUAUACUGUAAAAGGACGUUAGAUUUGCACAGUCUACUGGGUAGGUAUUGUAAAUAAUCAUUUUUAAAACUUGCACAAAUCGAAACAAACACACACACAAAAAUUGUAUUUUAUCCUGUGGAUGUUAAGAGAUGUUUCACUUGCUGAGAUUUCCUGUACAUUGCAAAUACAGAAUGCAAACCCUCAACACUGUUAUGAUCUGGUGUGUUUGUCCUGUAUUUACAGUUGUGAUGACCAUGCAGGAGCUAUCAGUGCUAGAGUGAGCAUGCUUCAAAACUGUCCAUGAAGCCAGUCCAUUUUCGGAAAAGUAACAAUGUCUGAAAGUGCAUCUGUCGUGGCAGGCUUUCAAGAGAGUGCAUGAAAACUGAUGGGAGUGAUUGGAGGAGUUCCCACCACACACAGGGGACAGGUUUGAAAUUUAUCAACCCAAGGGCUAGGCCAUGGUGUAGGCUUGUCCCAUGCACGUGAAAAUGUGCUACUUUCAGGGCGUGCAAUUGGUGCUACUCUCUGUGACCACCCACGGGUCAGUUGCUGUAGAACAAUAACAACACGAGACAUCUGUGCAGUUGUCAGAAUGUCACUCAGUCUAUAGGUCCUCCACGGUGCUAUUGCCCUAAGGGAAAUCGGAACUGAAUUUAUGCACAUAGAAUGGUCACCCUGACUACGAAGCCUCAAACGUGGAUCACAUCUGUGGUGAAGCAUCAAUAUAUGUAGCUGGAUGAGUGACUAGUGGCCCUUGUAUAAUAUGUGAUCUAAGAAAAUUGCUAAUCUUUCCCUGCCGUUUUGAGAAACACAGUCCAAACACGAUCAUAAACAAAUUCCUGCAAUACAUCCCAGUAGGUCCGCCUAGUUUACAACUUAAACUAGUUUGUGAAACAUUUGUCUGUAUACAUUUUAUAUUUUGUACAUUUUUGAUGUAACAUAUCAUGUAAAUAGAAACAGUGAAAUAAAUCAUCUGAAAAGUUUUGUAGUCUUUGUAAAGCCCCGACAACAAGUACUUGGUGUCAGUGGACAUAACUGGGUGAUGUAUUUUCUAUUGGUUGAUUGUUCCUCUAGCUUGUAAACCAGCUUGCAUAUAUUUUUUUGCAAAUGUGCACCCUGUAUCUGUCUAAAUUAUUACUUUGCCAUUAAAGUGGAAUUAUUUAUUGACAACAAGGUGUGGCGUCUAUAUAUGGAGAAAAUUGAAUAAUUAUGCACCGUAAGUAUCAAGCUUUAAAAUGUUGCUUGUACUAUUAAUAUGCCAUAAAUAGGGAUGUAUGUGAAUUUUUAUUUUUCAUUUCUUGUAGAAAGGACCUCAUAGCUUUUAAGUAAGGAAAUAAAUUGAAGGCACUAGGUAUAUCUUUUUAAAU